GUAUUUUUUUUUUUGCUCUCUAAGCAGCAUAAAUUUCUCUCAUUAUUUAGUAUCGAUUGUUUAUCAACAUUUGGAUUAUUUACACACAAUCUUUUAUAUAAGAUCUUUUGUCCAUGUACAAAAUUCCUCUCAUAGGCUGCACGGGAAGGUGGCUCUCAUUACUGGAGCUGCCAGCGGCAUCGGCGAGGAGACCGCGAGGCUAUUUGCAGCCAAUGGUGCUUUUGUUGUUGUAGCCGACAUUGAUGACGAAUUGGGCCAAAAAGUCGUAGUUCUAUGUUUGAAGACGAGGAUCUCAACAAUGUCUAAACCAAGGUUGCAUGGAAAGGUAGCUCUUAUUACCGGAGCUGCAAGCGGCAUUGGUGAGGAGACGGCAAGGGUAUUUGCAGCCAAUGGUGCUUUUGUUGUCGUAGCCGACAUCGAUGACGAAUUGGGCCAAAAAGUGGUAGUCUCCAUCGGUAUCAACCACGCUAGCUUUCACCACUGCGAUGUGAGAGAUGAGAAGCAAGUCGAAAAAACAGUGAACUACACUGUUGAAAAACACGGUAGACUUGACAUUCUAUUUAGCAAUGCCGGGAUCAUAGGCCCUCGUACUUCUUCAAUUCUAACGCUUGAUAUGUCCGAAUUUGACAACAUAAUGGCGACCAAUGUCCGUGGGAUCGUUGCAACAAUCAAGCACGCUGGACAAGUAAUGAUAGAGAGAAAGAUACGAGGGUCAAUCAUUUGCAUGGCAAGCGUGGCGUCGGUGGUUGCCGGGGCACCACUAGCGUACACAAGCUCAAAGCAUGCAGUGUUGGGGGUGGUGAGAUCGAGCUGCUUAGAGCUCGGGGUGUAUGGGAUUAGGGUGAACUGCGUGUCGCCGUAUGGUGUGGCAACACCCCUGACUUGCCGAGGUUUGAAUAUGCAACCGAGUGAGGCUGAAGAGAUAUAUAGUUCAAAGGCAAGUUUGAAGGGUGUGGUGUUGAAGGCAAGGCACGUAGCUGAGGCUGUUGUGUUUCUUGCAUCUGAUGAAUCAAGUUAUAUAAGUGGACAAAACUUGGUUGUUGAUGGAGGCUUCACGGCCUUCAAAUCAAUAUAAUGGGAAUUUUCCUUUUCAAGGUUUUACAGUGCGCUUUAGAUUGGAAUGUGUGAUAAGGACAGGGUCUGUUGAGAACUUUUAUAUUUCUAAUAAUUUGUAUUAAAAAAACGUGUUCUCUAUGGUAUUAUUGUUCCCACUUGUACUCCUUCCACUUUGAAAUAAGAAAAAAAAAAAAAAAAAAGGCUUAUCUCA